AUGCGCAUAGAUUCGAUGUGGCGCUUCUUUUAGAAACCCAUUCGCUGGCGGUGUGUGUGUGUGUGUGUGGCUAGGCUGGGGCUCCUGGGAGCGUUGGACGACGUCCAGUGAGCAAUGACGACGACCAUGGCGGUCACGGGGAUCGCGGACACGCGGCGGAGAGUGAAGGUGUACAGCUUCAACGAGAAGAUGCAGUGGGAAGACAUGGGGACGGGCCACGUGUCCGUCAACUACGUGGAGCGACUCCAGUCACUUAUCAUCACCGUCCGCUCCGAGGACGACAGCUCUCUACUGCUGGAGUCCAAAGUCCUCCGUCACAGAGUCUACCAAAAACAGGAGGAGACCCUCAUCGUUUGGACGGAAAACGACAACACGGACCUGGCCCUCAGCUUCCAGGAAAAGACUGGCUGCAACGACCUCUGGGCUCAGAUCUGUGACGUGAGAUACACCCGACAAUUCUAUGCACUCAGAAAGAAAAAAUUAUUUGCGUGAAAGAGAAAGCAGAAUGUUACACCGCAGAAAGAGGGUGUGUGAUAGUCGUAAGGGUGUUUCCUGGUAAGUGUGGGAAAAGCCUGAUUUACACGAAGGGAAUGGUUUCAUUGAUGUGGAAAUAUCCCUGGCCUGUCUCCAAUUCCUGAUCUGGUGUAUGUAUUGAUGUCAUCACCUCAGUCUCAUGAAGACACUCCCUUUCCUUCCCUCUUUCACCGCUCUUUCCUUACCAUUUCUGUCUCCCCCUCUCUUCUCUCUUCCCCUUCUCCCCCGCACCCCCUCCUUACUUCCUCCUCACUCUUCUCACUCUCCCUCUUCCCCACUCCCUCCCUCACCAGAUCCAAGGCACCAAUCCCUCGGCCUCGGUCACCCAGGAAGCCGAGGACGGUGACACCUCAGACACACACCUGGACGAAAGCUGCAUCAUUGAACUCCCUCUCUGCGAGCUCGGCAAACUGGAAGAGAUCUUCGACCUGGUCACGACGGCCAUCCCCUCCCCCAUGCACCGAGAGAGCCUAGUCCAGGCCAUGGAGAGAGAAAACUACAUCCCGAAACUCCUCGAACUCUUCCACAUCUGCGAAGACUUGGAGAACACCACGGGUCUCCACCACCUCUAUAACAUAUUCCGCACGCUGUUCCUCAUAAACAAAGCGGCGCUGCUCAACAUCAUGUUUCAGGAGGAGCACAUUGUGUCUGUGGUGGGUUGUCUGGAGUACAACCCCGGCAAGCCCCAGUCUGUGCGACACCGGGAGUACCUGGCCCAGGUAGCCAGACACAGAGAGGUCAUCCCUUUCAACAACCCCCAGCUACUCAACAAGAUCCACCAGACGUAUCAGGUGAUGUACAUUCAGGAGGUCAUCCUACCGACCCCCUCCCUCUUCGAAGAGAACAUGAUGUCCGCCCUCAACUCUUUCGUUAUGUUCAACAAGGCAGAUAUCAUUAACACCAUACAGGAUGACGGCAGAUUCUUGAGGGAGCUGUUCACAAUGCUACAAGAUGAGGCCACUCCGGAGGAGAAGUAUAGAGAACUGACUCACCUGCUACGUGAGAUAUGUACGUUCAGUCAAGCCCUAGAGGUGGGGGACAGAACUCAGUGCUUCAAGAUCCUCUCCGACUAUGGCUUCAUGUCUGCCGUGGAGGGAAUGCUGGCGUAUGAGGAUAAAGAUGUGGUGGGAACUGCAGUUGAUAUCCUCAUGUCCAUCGCUGACUUCCACUGUUCCAUUCUCAGGGACCACAUCCUGCAGGAUGGCGAGAGCCAAAGCGAGGACAAUCAGUUUAUGAACCUACUGAUCAAUCUGCUAGUGGAUGGGGAAUACACUGAUCUGGAGGUGCAGGUGGUAGGACUGAUAAAGAUUAUCAUUGACCCCGAGGCCAUCAUGGCUGAAUCCACUGCUCAAACAGUGGAGAAGAGCCUGUUUUUGAACUACUUCUACAAGCACUGCAUGCAUCGGCUGAUGGCACCGCUCAUGGCCCAGACUGCAGGGACCAAGAUCAGCAGGGACUCGUCUCAGAAUUCAGCUCUGCUCUCCCACAUUCUGGACAUACUCUCCCUGUGUGUUGCAAGACACACCUACCUUAUUAGGAAUUACAUCAUCGACAAGAAUGCCCUCUCAAGGGUUCUCGUCCUCAUGACCUCCUCUCAUGCACACCUUGCACUUGCCGCUCUGAGAUUCUGUCGGAAGAUUGUGGGUCUGAAAGACGAGUUCUACAAUCGCUACAUAGUCAGAGACAAUCUCCUUGCCCCCAUUAUUAAGGCCUUUAUUGCCAACGGACGGCGGUACAACCUCCUCAACUCUGCUAUCAUUGAACUCUUUGAAUACCUCAGAGUGGAGAACGUCAAGUCUCUGGUGAGCUAUGUGGUAGAGAACUUUUGGUCCACUCUGGAACACAUUGAGUACGUGGACACAUUCAAGGCACUGAGGCUGAAACACGAGCAGGAGAUGGAUAGACGGGACAACAAGGACUCUGCCCCUGCAGUCCCUGGUAUUCUGCAUGGAGGAGGUGAGGUGAUGACUCGUUACCGUAGGGACCCCCGGCAAAUGGGUGAGGACGAGGAGGCGUGGUUUGACGAAGAAGAGGAAGAGGUAACGGCCAUCUACACGGAUCCUUUCACCUCCUCCCCCACUCCCCCUCUCCACUCCCUCCCUGUUCCCACCUCCUCCACCUCUCCCCCAAGCACCACUAGCACAACCUCCACCACCUCCACCUCCUCAUCUCCUCACAGCCCUCCCACAAUCCGCUUGGAUGCCACACUUACAUCAAUCCCACCUUCCUCCACCUCCUCCUCUUCUCCUUCCAAGCCUAUCCCGGCUCCCUCCCCCUUCACACAAGUCUCCUACAGCCCACGACCACCUGCAGCUCUAAAUAGAGCACCCCAGUCUGAGUCAUCCUCCAUCAAGACCCCUAUUGUUACACAGGCUUUGAAGAGUCUGGUGGAUUAUGAUGAAGAUAGCGACGAGGAAGAAAAGUCGGAAGACCAGGUGGAGAGUCCGGCAAAACGAAAGAAACUCGAUGAUACAUAGCUCCGUAUUUUGUAUUAGCCCAUUAUUUUGACCUAUAUACUGUUCUGUGCUCCUUCAAAUGGCAGCUUUAUUGUCAUGUGUCAUGUGCUAAUGAAGCAUAAAAAUCUGUUAUAAUGAAAAAU